AAUGUUGAUAAAUAUUGGAUACUGUACUUCGUUAAAUUUUAUUAUUUAAUUCAAGCUAAUUAAUUAAGUAUGUGCAUUAGUUUAGUAGGAAUAACAAGUAGAUUAUUAACUUAUCGACUUGCACCAAAUAUGGCGGUACGGCAGAGCAGUGACUUCGCAAAAUUCAAAGAAACGUUAAAAACAGCUAGCAAUGUUGUUAUUCUGUCCGGAGCUGGAAUAAGUGCAGAAUCUGGUAUCCCUACGUUUAGAGGAGCUGGUGGCUAUUGGAGGAAGUACCAAGCUUCAUCCUUAGCUACUCCAGAGGCUUUUAAAACCAGUCCAAGUUUAGUAUGGGAGUUCUACCACUACAGAAGAGAAGUUGCAGCUAAAGCGCAGCCGAAUGCGGGUCAUAUAGCCAUAGCAGAAUUUGAGUCAAAACAUGGAGAAAAUAAACAAGUUACAGUUAUCACACAAAAUGUUGAUGGACUACAUGCGCGGGCUGGUACCAAAAACUUAAUUGAACUCCAUGGGAACUUGUACAAGACAAGGUGCACAAAAUGCAAACAAGUACUUGAAAAUCAUGAUAGCCCAAUAUGUGAGGCUUUAACUGACCGUGGUGCCCCUGAUGCUAAUGUUGUAGGAUCAGAUAUUCCUGUAAAAUCCUUGCCACAUUGUAAGAAGUCUACUUGUGGUGGUCUGCUACGACCACACAUUGUAUGGUUUGGUGAAAGUUUGGAAUUUGAAGUUCUUCAGAAAGCUGAGUCAGCCAUGGCACGCUGUGAUGUCUGUCUAGUAGUAGGCACAUCUUCUGUGGUAUACCCGGCAGCUAUGUUUGCACCCCAAGCUGCACAACGAGGAGCGAUUGUUGCAGAAUUUAAUAUUGAACCAACCCCAGCCACACCAGAUUUUCAUUAUUAUUUUGAAGGCCCUUGUGGCACUACAUUGCCACAAGCUUUAGAUAUAUAAAAUAUAAAUUGUUAAAUAAUUAUAACAUAAGUUGAACCUGUCUAACAUUAUAAAAGGUUUUUGUAAUCUGCCUAAACAGUAAACUGUAUAAUACUGUAAAU